AUCCACCAAAAGUCAAUUCUACCGAGGCUGACAAGAUAACCCAAAGAAAUCUAUCACCUUCCCGGUCUCCAGAGCCACAUACACAGAAACACAGAGAGAUGGGGGAUUUGUAUGCUCUGGAUUUUGAUGGGGUUCUCUGUGACAGCUGCGGAGAAAGCUCUCUAUCUGCUGUUAAGGCUGCUAAAGUGAGAUGGCCCAGUCUUUUCCAGACUGUGGGUUCUGCAUUGGAAGAUUGGAUUGUUGAUCAGAUGUACACUGUCAGGCCAGUGGUAGAAACCGGCUAUGAAAAUUUAUUGCUAGUGAGGCUGCUUUUGGAAAUGAGACUUUCUUCCAUUCGCAAGUCUUCGGUUGCAGAGGGACUCACAGUUGAUGAGAUACUUGAAAACUGGAUGAAGAUAAAACCUGUAAUAGUGGAAGAAUGGAAUGAAAACAGAGAUGCGUUAAUUGAUCUUUUUGGUAAGGUCAGGGAUGAGUGGAUGGACAAUGAUUUGUCUACUUGGAUUGGUGCAAACAGGUUUUAUCCUGGAGUCGCUGAUGCGCUGAAGUUUGCAAGCUCAAAGGUGUACAUUGUGACCACAAAACAGAGCCGCUUCGCAGACGCAUUACUUCGGGAGCUUGCUGGAGUAACUAUUCCACCUGAAAGGAUCUAUGGUCUUGGUACAGGACCGAAAACAAAAGUGCUAAAACAGCUUCAAGAAAUGCCAGAACACCAGGGUCUUACCCUCCAUUUUGUGGAAGAUCGACUUGCAACCCUGAAGAAUGUGAUUAAAGAACCCGAAUUAAAUGGAUGGAACUUGUAUCUAGGUGAUUGGGGUUACAACACGCCAGAGGAGAGAGAGGAAGCUGCAAACAUUGCUAGAAUUCGCAUUCUUGAGCUCUCUGAUUUUAGCAAGAAGUUGAAAUGAUCAUCAAUUUUUACUAUAUUAUUACAGCUAGAAGUAUACUUGUUAUGACAAUUGCAUUGCUCUGAAUAAGUGAUGUUGAGGUACGCCUACAUCCCUUGAAUAGAUUAUUGUUGUUAUUAUUUGCUUCUACAUGGAGUAGAAGUCUAGGACAAUUGUUUAUCACUGCAUAAUUUUUUUGGUUCCAUAUUGUAUCAGUGUAUCUAAUGAGACCCGACAUUAAUGCCAAGUAGAAGAAAAUUUCAUUUGGAAA